AUGCUUUCGUUUCAAACGUGGACACGUGUUUCAAGACGUUGGACUCAACAGCCCCUCCAGGUCUUCACGGAUGCAAGCUCCAAAGGGUACGGAGCAGUAGCCUACUUCCGCACUGUUUUCGAGGACCAGUCCGUCAACGUGUCCUUCGUCAUGGCGAAAACACACGUCACGCCGGUGAAAGGUCUCACGAUUCCACGUUUGGAGCUACAAGCUGCCGUGGAAGGUCUCAACAUCGCCCUCACGAUUUGCCGUGAACUAGAAAUCAAUCUGCGCCAAGUAACCUUCCACUCGGAUUCACAAACGGUGUUGCGGUGGAUCCAUUCCAAAUCUUGUCGGUUUGAAUUCUUCGUCAACUACCGCAUUGGAAAAAUACUCCGAAACACGGCUCAUCGACAAUGGCGUCAUGUUGCCGGAGAUUCAAACCCAGCGGACCUCUGCAGUAGGGGUAUCGACCCAAAGGACGUCAACGAAUUGGUCUACUUCCAUCGAGGACCUUCGUUCCAGAACCUAGACCCCUCAGAGUGGUACACUUGGGAAGAGAUUACGGAGCCAGAAGAACGGGAUGUAAACGUGAUUCGCGUCUUAGCAGUCAAGAUAGAAGAUGAGAAUCAUGUCAUCGACCGAUGCGUCGAACGUUUUUCCAGUCUGUUGAGACUUCAACGAGUGCUGGCCUAG